AAGUGUGAGAGAGCUGAGAGCCAGGACUCAGUGCUGAGCUUGGUGUCCCACCGCUACAAGGAGGCAGGGAAGAAACCCACUAGUCCCAGCUCCUGGGGUGGCACAGACAUUGCAACUGGCCCUGCCUGUGGGUCCUAGGGGCUCUUGGCCACCAGGAGGCUAAGAACACUGCUCAUGAAUGACAGCAAGCCCUGAAAGCUCUGGGGGUGCCACCCAGUCCCACAAGCCUGCAUCCCCUGCAGUGGAGAUGGGCUCAGCUCCUGGACGUGCCACAGACAGAAAGCAUAACAAACGCUUGCCAGGAAGAGCCUUUGCCUGACUCAGGGCAGCUCAGAGUGUGGGGCAGAAGGUGACCAGCCAGCUCAGGGCAGGAGAUGCAGAGCACAGCCAAUUACCUGUGGCACACAGACGACCUGCUGGGGCAGGGGGCCACUGCCAGUGUGUACAAGGCCCGCAACAAGAAAUCCGGGGAGCUGGUUGCUGUGAAGGUCUUCAACACCACCAGCUACCUGCGGCCCCGCGAGGUGCAGGUGAGGGAGUUUGAGGUCCUGCGGAAGCUGAACCACCAGAACAUCAUCAAGCUCUUUGCGGUGGAGGAGACGGGAGGAAGCCGGCAGAAGGUACUGGUGAUGGAGUACUGCUCCAGUGGGAGCCUGCUGAGCGUGCUGGAGAGCCCUGAGAACGCCUUUGGGCUGCCUGAGGAUGAGUUCCUGGUGGUGCUGCGCUGUGUGGUGGCUGGCAUGAACCACCUGCGAGAGAACGGCAUCGUGCAUCGCGACAUCAAGCCCGGGAACAUCAUGCGCCUCGUCGGGGAGGAGGGGCAGAGCAUCUACAAGCUGACAGACUUCGGGGCUGCCCGGGAGCUGGACGAUGAUGAGAAGUUCGUCUCGGUCUACGGGACUGAGGAGUACCUGCAUCCCGACAUGUAUGAGCGGGCGGUGCUUCGAAAGCCCCAGCAAAAAGCGUUCGGGGUGACUGUGGAUCUCUGGAGCAUUGGAGUGACCUUGUACCAUGCAGCCACCGGCAGCCUGCCCUUCAUCCCCUUUGGUGGGCCACGGCGGAACAAGGAGAUCAUGUACCGAAUCACCACAGAGAAGCCGGCUGGGGCCAUUGCAGGUGCCCAGAAGCGGGAGAACGGGCCCCUGGAGUGGAGCUACACCCUCCCCAUCACCUGCCAGCUGUCACUGGGGCUGCAGAGCCAGCUGGUGCCCAUCCUGGCCAACAUCCUGGAGGUGGAGCAGGCCAAGUGCUGGGGCUUCGACCAGUUCUUUGCGGAGACCAGUGACAUCCUGCAGCGAGUUGUCAUCCAUGUCUUCUCCCUGUCCCAGGCAGUCCUGCACCACAUCUACAUCCAUGCUCACAACACGAUAGCCAUUUUCCAGGAGGCCGUGCAUAAGCAGACCAGUGUGGCCCCCCGGCACCAGGAGUACCUCUUUGAGGGUCACCUCUGUGUCCUCGAGCCCAGCGUCUCAGCACAGCACAUCGCCCACACGACAGCAAGCAGCCCCCUGACCCUCUUCAGCACAGCCAUCCCCAAGGGGCUGGCCUUCAGGGACCCUGCUCUGGACGUCCCCAAGUUCGUCCCCAAAGUGGACCUGCAGGCGGAUUACAACACGGCCAAGGGCGUGUUGGGCGCCGGCUACCAGGCCCUGCGGCUGGCGCGGGCUCUGCUGGAUGGGCAGGAGCUAAUGUUGCGGGGGCUGCACUGGGUCAUGGAGGUGCUCCAGGCCACAUGCAGACGGACUCUGGAAGUGGCAAGGACAUCCCUCCUCUACCUCAGCAGCAGCCUGGGAACCGAGAGGUUCAGCAGCGUGGCUGGAACACCUGAGAUCCAGGAACUGAAGGUGGCUGCAGCACUGAGGUCCAGGCUGCGGUCUCUAGCUGAGGUCCUCUCCAGAUGCUCCCAAAAUAUCACGGAGACCCAGGAGAGCCUGAGCAGCCUGAGCCGGGAGCUGGUGAAGAACCGGGAUCAGGUACAUGAGGACAGAAGCAUCCAGCAGAUUCAGUGCUGUUUGGACAAGAUGAACUUCAUCUACAAACAGUUCAAGAAGUCUAGGAUGAGGCCAGGGCUUGGCUACAACGAGGAGCAGAUUCACAAGCUGGAUAAGGUGAAUUUCAGUCAUUUAGCCAAAAGGCUGCUGCAGCUGUUCCAGGAGGAGUGCGUGCAGAAGUAUCAAGCGUCCUUAGUCAUGCACGGCAAGAGGAUGAGGGUGGUGCACGAGACCAGGAACCACCUGCGCCUGGUCAGCUGUUCUGUGGCUGCCUGUAACACAGAAGCCCAGGGGGUCCAGGAGAGUCUCAGCAAGAUCCUGGAAGAGCUAUCUCACCAGCUCCUUCAGGACCGAGCAAAGGGGGCUCAGGCCUCCCCGCCUCCCAUAGCUCCUUACUCCAGCCCUACACCAAAGGAACUGCUUCUCCACAUGCAAGAGCUCUGCGAGGGGAUGAAGCUGCUGGCGUCUGACCUCCUGGACAACAACCGCAUCAUCGAACGGCUAAAUAGAGUCCCAGCAGCUCCGGAUGUCUGAGCUCCAUGGGGCGCGUGAGGCAUCCUGAAGCAUUAGAAUGAUUCCAACACUGCUCUCCUGCACUGUGAGACCAACCCAGGGCAAGAUCCCGUCCAUCACAUCAGCCUACCUCCCUCCUGGCUGCUGGCCGGGAUGUCGUCAGCAUUACCUUCCACUGCCGUUCCCCCUGGGAAGCAGCACAGCUGAGACUGGGCACCAGGCCACCUCUGUGGGGACCCACAGGAAAGAGUGUGGCAGCCACUGCCUGCCUGACCUUUCUAUCUUCUCCAGGCUCAGGUACUGCUCCUCCGUGCCCAUGGCUGGGCCGUGGGGAGAAGAGGCUGUCAUAUGCCCUCCCACUCCCUCUGGUUUAUAGGACUUCACUCCCUAGCCAACAGGAGAGGAAGCCUCCUGGGGUUUCCCCGGGGCACUAGGUCAAACAGCCUCAUCACAUCUUCCUUCCUCUUCAAGCGUUUCACGUUGAACACAGCUCUCUCCGUUCCCCUGUGAUUUCUGAGGGUCACCACUCCCAGCCACAGGCAACACAGAGAGCCUCCUGUUCUUUCUAUGCUUGGUCUGACUGAGCCUAAAGUUGAGAAAAUGGGUGGCCAAGGCCAAUGCCAGUGUCUUGGGGCCCCUUGGCCUCUCCCUCACUCUCUGAGGCUCCGGCUGGUCCUGGGAUAUGCAGCCAGGCCUGUGAGUCUGGGCAGGUCCAAGGCCUGCACCUUCAAGAAGUGGAAUAAAUGUGGCCUUCGCUUCUGUUUC